AUGGUCAAAAAGGAAAACGAGAUAGUGUUUCAGAAACAUGCAUCACUGGCCAACACAAGCAACGAGCUUGCCCUGCCCACUUACAUCAGGGGAACUCAGGAAGAAGAUAUAACCUAUUCUGAGAUCAAAACUACAGACUCUUCCUCCCCCAAGACAGUGCCCCACUGUGGACCAGCAACAACUCAGGCAGAAGAUGUAACCUAUUCUGAGAUCAGAACUACAGACUCCUCCUCCCCCCAGAGAGCAUCCCACUGUGAACCAGCAGAGAAAAGUGGACCAAACUCACAUCCAUACAGAUUGACUGCAGUGUGUCUGGGGCUGCUGUGUGCUCUCUUACUGACUGCCAUCAUAGCCCUGUGUGUCCACAAUGUAAGUCGAUCUGACCGAUGCUGCUCAACGAUGGAAAGAGAUCUGGAGGAACUCAGAGCCAAUUACAGCAUCGGCUGGGAGCAGUUCAAUACCGAGUGUUACUACUUCUCUACUAAGUGGAAGAACUGGCAGGACAGUCGCAGUGACUGCCUUAAACAAGGAGCUGAGCUGGUGAUUAUAGAGAGUGAAAAAGAACAGGAUUUCAUCUACAGUCACACAAAAGACCACUAUUACUGGAUUGGACUCAGUGACUCAGAAACAGAGGGGACCUGGCUUUGGGUGGACAGAACCCCUCUGCAGAAAGGGUAA